AUGGGUUUAUAUUCUCCUGAAUCUGAAAAGUCUCAGUUAAAUAUGGACUACAUUCCAAAGAAUGACUCGCAGUCCAUCUUCAAAAGUCUCAACCAAAAUGUGAAACUCAACGAUAAUAAUAGCAAUAAUAACAGAAGCCAUUUGAACAUGAGUGAUUAUGGCAAUUCUUCGCCCUAUGGACGCUCCUACGAUGCAAGAAUCAAUCAGAACCCACAGAGCAAUGGCAAUGGGCGUUUUUCUGGUAGCAUUGACUCCUUGGUUGACGAACAUAUAAUACCUUCGCCACCUUUGUCACCCAAGCUGGAAUCGAAAUUCCAGCAACAUGAUGAAUCGUCUCACGUAUCUUCUCCAGCGCUGGUGGGGGCUGCGCCCAAAGGUCCUGCAGAGAAUGUUUUAUUUGUGAGGCCCGCGUGGCCCAAUGGAUUAACAAGGAAAAGAUACCGCUACGCCACGUAUGGAUUCUUGUCUCAAUAUAAGAUUUUCAGCAACUUGGCGCAUCCAUAUUCUAAGAAUAUUAUCAACAGGUACAAUAACCUGGCCUACAAUGCCAGGCACAAAUAUUUCAGGUAUGACGAUGAAGUCACCCCUUCUUCUUCUAGAUUACCUUCCCCAUUAGCAUCUCCAAAUUUGAACAGACAAUCAAGAUAUAAUAUGAGAAAGCAGGUGUUUUUCAAUAACAAUCUGAGCAAGUUUGAAUCUGACACUGAAUGGAUGCCACGGAAACGCAAAGUUUACUCACCGCAAAGAAGAACGAUGACUACAAGUCCACAUCGUUCCAAGAAGUUCUCGCCCUCAGCGUCUGCUCCCCAUACAAAUAUUGCAUCCAUCGAAGCCAUUCACGAAGCUCCUCAGUACAUACCUAAUGUCUCAUGGAAAAAACUGCCAGACUUCUCCCCUUCUUUAUCGACUCUGCCUGCAGACACUAAUAAAUCACUCAAGAUCGAAUGGAAAGGAUCUCCAAUGGACCUGUCCUUGGAUCCACUGAAAAACGAGCUGCACCCGGCCGAACUAAUUUUGGCGCAAACUCUAAGGUUACCUUGUGAUUUGUAUCUGGAUUCCAAAAGAAGGUUGUUUUUAGAAAAAGUUUAUAGAUUAAGGAAGGGGUUGCCGUUUAGAAGAACCGAUGCGCAGAAAGCUUGCAGGAUCGAUGUCAAUAAGGCUUCAAGACUUUUCCAAGCAUUUGAAAAAGUCGGUUGGUUGCGGGACUCAAAUUUUACAAAAUACUUAUGA